AUGAUGGCAGGGUCCAGGAGUGGUGUGCAUGGAAAACCAGCCAACGAGAACGAGCAUCUGCUCACUUCUACCGCCUUCUACUUUUCGGCUCUUACCGAACUUGCACAUUUCUAUAGUACAGUCCCUUUCGUGGCAGCAUUACCUCUUGUGCUGCAAUGUGCUCGUAUCCAGCAACAAGCAGUCGCCAUGCAUGGCAGUGGCAUGUAG